CAAGUCGGACAUAUUUGACGACGCACCGCCAAUGUCAAAUGGAAACACCGCACUGAAUUAACUGACCUCAGCAUUGGUCCUCAUGUUGAUGUAACUGGUCCGUUAUCAGACAGAAGACGACUUGAUAAUUUCCUACAUUUCGCUCGGGAACAUUUUUUCGUUUGUGUAGUUUGGUCUGAUAUCUCACGGAAUCUAACAGAACACGAUGCGGCUCACGUUGCAAAUGUUGAUCUCCCAUGGCCGGGUGGCCCGGAAGAUGGGCCUGGGUCCUCAGUCCCGAAUCAACAUGCUGCGGAACAUUUUGACAGGUCUGGUCCGACACGAGAGAAUAGAAACUACGCUGGCACGAGCAGAUGAGGUUCGCUUUUACGCCGAAAAGCUGAUUGACUACGCCAAAAAGGGAGACACUGACGAGAAGGCAAUGAAAAUGGCCAGUUUUUGGCUGACGGAAAAGGAUCUGGUCCCCAAGCUCUUUAAGGUCCUCGCCCCGCGGUUUGAUUCCCAGUCAAGCAACUACACACGGAUGGCACGCAUCCCCAACAGAACGAACCUGGACAGAGCAAAGAUGGCCGUCCUGGAGUACAAAGGCAAUCCCUUCCCGGCUCUCUAUCCUGUGAGAAAAAACAGCGAACUCAGUCUGGUCAACCAGCUACUCAAAGGCUACAGAGAGGAGAUGACACAGCAGUUAUCUAGCAAAGCUUAAUUAAAACCGACCUGGUGCUGGAUCAGUGACGGUUGUCCGCUGAAAUGCCUCUGAAGAGUCACUUGCAGCAUCUGCAGGUUGUGGCUUGUAGGAACUGAAUGCUUAUCUUCACCGAAACAACAGUUCCAGCUGCCAAGUCAGCUGACGCUAAGAAAGAUUCUGCGAAAGGACAUUUAUGAGAUAUUAUGUAUUAAUAAAUAUAAUUUCAUUACAAAAGUAA